AUUUUAUAACCACUUAUGGAGCGGAAAAUGCUGGAAUUGGUUUGGAGUUGGGACGGAAAGCGAAUAGCGGACGACAUCGCCAGAACCCUGUUCUGUUCUUUCUCUCAUUGUCGUAUUCAUCCCAAUGUUGAAGUUCUUGCUCAUAAUUUGAUACUUUUUAUUUUUUUUUUUGGUUGGUUUAUUUUGGUGUUAUCUGAUAGUAGGAAUAGGAAUAAUGGUGAUCUUUUGUUAACAAAGCUUCUUUUCUUGAGGACGACGAGAAGGUCUUUCGCUUUCUCGCCUUUCCUCAUGGUUCCAGGUACCUUUUCUAAACGAUUUUUUCUUUCUUCUUCAUUUUUCAUUUCUUCUCACCUCGACCAUAUUUGUAGCUAUUUCUUGUCAAUUCUGUUUUGUGAAGAAUAUUCAAUUUGCGGGGUUUUUCUUUUUUCCCGAAGCUUCUGAUCACUUUUUUUCUUGCUGGAUUUUUGUUGUAAUCUUUUCUAUUAAAAUUUUACUGGUUUACGUAAAUGUUGGGGUUAAAAAAAAAAAAUUACUGGUUUACUGGAUUUCAUUGUUGGCAUCAGAAUCUUCUGUAUAGGAUUGAAGAUGUGGCUUUACUUCUUAGCUGCAAGCUUAAUAUGAUUUUUGGUACUUUAUAUCGUUAAUCUUUCCUUCUAGAAAAUUCAGAUAUGGAAGUAAUGUUGGCAAUGCCUAAUGUGGAGAGCUUUUCACUUUUUCUGUAUGUUCAUUUCGUGUUUUUUGCAUUCGUUUAAACUAUUAUUACUGGAUUUUGUGUUCAUUUCGAGCUUUUCACGUGAGUAAUUUUUGCUUUCGCAUUAUUUUGAAAAUCUAGUUAAAAUCAUAUUUUUUUUCGUAAAAAAAUUAUUGAAUUGGAAUUUAUUAGUUCAUGUGUAUAAAAUUAACUUCCACAUUGGAGGUCUUUCCGUGGAUUAAAUUGCAUUAUUGAUCUGUUGUUGAUCUUUUUCUUUAAUUUUUCAUAUACACCAUUCUUAGUUCAGAUGAUUCUUUGAUGCAAAUGCAAUGCAUCGAAACCAUGUUCCGGAAGUUAUCGUCCUCUUGGGAUUCAGGAAUUCAGUGUUGAUGGAAAGAAUGGUGCUGCAAGAAUUCCACCGGAUGACUGAGAAUUUUGGCUCUUUAGGUGGGCCUGUAUUGAAUUUACUUCAUUCGAGCUGAAAUUCUUACAAUGUCACGGGCGGGCAGGGCAAGGAGGAAGCUCCGGUGGAGCAAUCUCUACACUUUCUCUUGCCUCCAUCCACAUGUUCUAGAGUCAGAGGGCCCACAUUCUCUUGAAGGCCCUGGUUUCUCACGAAUUGUAUAUUGCAAUCAAUCCCAUCUCGACCAGAAAAAGCCUCUGAAAUACCCAUCAAAUUACAUAUCAACCACAAAGUACAAUGUCAUAACUUUCUUUCCCAAGGCAAUCUUUGAGCAGUUUAGGCGUGUUGCCAAUCUGUACUUUCUCAUGGCUGCAAUUCUCUCUCUCACACCCAUUGCCCCAUUUUCUGCUGUAAGUAUGAUUGCACCUCUAUCCUUUGUUGUUGGACUUAGUAUGGCAAAGGAAGCUUUAGAAGAUUGGCGUAGAUUUAUACAGGAUAUGAAAGUCAAUACCCGGAAGGUUAGUAUGCAUAAAGGGGAUGGCACAUUUUGUUGUAUACCAUGGCAGAAAAUUCAGGUUGGUGAUGUGGUGAGAGUGGAGAAAGAUCAGUUCUUUCCUGCGGACUUGCUGCUGUUGUCAUCAAGCUAUGAAGAUGGAAUUUGCUAUGUGGAGACUAUGAAUCUGGAUGGUGAGACAAAUUUGAAGGUCAAGAGAUCUUUGGAGGUAACCUUGCCCUUGGAUGAAGAUGCAGAUUUCAAGGAUUUCACAGGAACAAUUAGAUGUGAGGACCCAAAUCCUAGCCUCUACACUUUUGUGGGUAAUCUUGAGUAUGAUCAGCGGGUUUAUGCUCUUGACCCUAGUCAGAUUCUUCUCAGAGAUUCAAAGCUCAGAAACACUACUCAUGUGUAUGGAGUGGUAAUUUUCACUGGCCAUGAUAGCAAGGUCAUGCAGAAUGCAACCAAGUCCCCCUCAAAAAGGAGUGCAGUUGAAAGGAAAAUGGAUAAAAUAAUAUACAUCCUUUGUACCCUUCUUGUUCUGAUAUCGCUCAUCAGCUCGAUAGGAUUUGCUGUUAAGACAAAGUUUGGGAUGCCAGACUGGUGGUACUUGCAACCAGAAGAUACCACAAAUUUGUAUAAUCCAUCAAAGCCUAUGUUGUCAGGUACUUUCCAUCUGGUCACUGCUCUUAUCCUCUAUGGCUAUCUAAUACCCAUAUCACUCUAUGUCUCAAUCGAAGUAGUAAAGGUCUUGCAAGCAAUGUUCAUUAACCAAGACAUAAACAUGUAUGAUGAGGAGACGAGCAAUCCUGCUGAAGCUCGUACGUCAAAUCUGAAUGAGGAGCUCGGCCAGGUUGACACUAUUCUUUCUGAUAAGACGGGCACUUUGACAUGCAAUCAGAUGGACUUCCUCAAGUGUUCCAUUGCUGGUGUUGCCUAUGGUGUGGGUUCUAGUGAAGUUGAAAUAGCUGCAGCUAAGCAGAUGGCUUUUGAAGAGGAUGCAGAAAUUUCUGGUUCCAUGCACAAUAACAAUGAUCAUGAUUCUUGGGAGAACAGCGUAAGUGAUGUUUCAGGCUCUGGAAUUGAACUGCAGACUGUUAUUACUUCUGAGAAUGAAAAGGAACAGAAACCCAUCAUAAAGGGAUUCGGCUUUGAGGACAAACGACUCAUGGAUGGAAAUUGGUUGAAAGAACCCAAUUCAGACACCAUAUUGUUGUUCUUUCGGAUACUGGCACUUUGCCACACAGCAAUUCCUGAGCUAAAUGAGGAAACUGGCAGUUUCAACUAUGAGGCUGAAUCACCAGAUGAGGGAGCCUUUCUUGUUGCAGCUAGAGAGUUUGGUUUUGAAUUCUGUAAACGGACUCAGACAAGUGUCUUCAUUCGAGAAAGAUAUCCUUCUUCUGAGCACCCAAUUGAAAGGGAGUUCAAAAUUCUAAAUCUGUUGGAGUUUAGUAGCAAACGGAAGCGGAUGUCUGUUAUUGUUCAGGAUGAAAAUGGAGAGAUUCUUCUUCUGUGCAAAGGUGCAGACAGCAUAAUUUUUGACCGGUUAGCCAAAAAUGGAAGAACAUAUUUGGAGGAGACAAGUAGGCAUCUGAGUGAAUAUGGAGAAGCAGGUUUGCGGACUUUGGCACUUGGAUAUAGAAAGCUAGAAGUGGCUGAGUAUUCUAACUGGAACAGUGAAUUUCUCAAGGCAAAGACUAAUGUAGGUGGUGAUAGAGAGGUGAUGCUUGAACAGGUAUCAGAUAUGAUGGAAAAAGAUUUAAUUCUUGUAGGUGCAACUGCUGUGGAGGACAAACUACAAAAGGGGGUUCCCGAGUGCAUAGAUAAGUUAGCCCAAGCUGGUCUUAAGAUAUGGGUACUGACAGGAGACAAGAUGGAAACUGCAAUCAACAUAGGCUAUGCAUGCAGUCUUCUUCGGCAAGGCAUGAAACAGAUCUGCAUAACAAUGAACACCGGGUCAGUAGCACAAGAUGCCAACAAGGCUGCGAAGGAAGACAUUAUGAUGCAAAUAACCAAUGGUUCUGAGAUGAUCAAAAUGGAAAAAGACCCUGAUGCAGCUUUUGCUUUAGUUAUUGAUGGGAAAACUCUAGCAUAUGCUUUAGAGGAUGAUAUAAAGCAUCAAUUUUUGAGCUUAGCAGUUGAUUGUGCAUCUGUCAUAUGCUGUCGGGUUUCUCCAAAGCAGAAGGCACUGGUGACAAGAUUGGUAAAAGUGGGAACUAGAAAAACCACUUUAGCAAUUGGUGAUGGUGCAAAUGAUGUUGGUAUGAUUCAGGAAGCAGAUAUUGGUGUUGGUAUCAGUGGCGUGGAAGGGAUGCAGGCUGUUAUGGCUAGUGACUUCUCCAUUGCACAGUUUCGGUUUUUGCAGAGACUUCUGGUUGUCCAUGGGCAUUGGUGCUACAAGAGGAUCUCACAGAUGAUCUGUUAUUUCUUCUACAAGAAUAUAUUAUUUGGCUUGACCCUUUUCUAUUUCGAGGCAUACACUGGCUUUUCAGGGCAGUCAGUUUAUGAUGACUGGUAUAUGCUACUGUUCAAUGUCAUCCUCACUUCAUUGCCCGUCAUUUCACUUGGCGUGUUUGAACAAGAUGUUUCUUCUGAUGUCUGCUUACAGUUUCCAGCACUCUAUCAGCAAGGACCAAGAAACUUGUUCUUUGACUGGUAUAGGAUAUUUGGAUGGAUGGCAAAUGGUUUCUAUUCAUCCCUCAUUAUCUUCUUCCCCAUCAUAAGCAUCUUUUAUAACCAAGCAUUCUUUUCCGGGGGCCAUACCUCGGACAUGGCUGUUGUCGGAACCACCAUGUUCACUUGCGUCAUCUGGGUUGUGAAUUGCCAGAUUGCACUGAUGAUGAGCCAUUUUACGUGGAUCCAGCACCUGCUCGUUUGGGGCAGCAUCUUCAUGUGGUAUCUGCUCCUCUACCUUUAUGGAAUGUUCUCUAUUUCAGGGAAUGCUUACCAAAUCCUUGUGGAAGUUCUAGCCCCGGCACCCAUUUACUGGGCUAUCACUCUGCUAGUAACGGCUGCUUGUAUUCUUCCCUAUUUGGGAUACUUAUCAUUCCAAAGAUGUUUCAAUCCAAUGGACCAUCAUGUUAUCCAGGAGAUUAAGUACUAUAAGAAAGAUGUGGAAGAUGUACACAUGUGGUCCAGGGAACGCUCAAAAGCAAGGCAGAGUACAAAGAUUGGGUUCACAGCAAGAGUGGAAGCAAAGAUUAAGCAGUUGAGAGGGAAGUUACAUAAGAAGUAUCCAUCUAUAGGUGUGCAAACUGUGAUAUCUGCUUCAUAACCAUGGCUUAUUUAUCUUUAUUUUUGUUAGGGUUUUGUAGCCAGCAUCCUCAUUUUUAUUCUCCCCUUCAUUAAUUUUCCAUUCGAUCGGGUACAUGGAUCGAAUUGGUUCAGGUCCCAUUACAGUUACAGAUAGAAGGUUGAAGUUGUUUGUACAAUAUUUAUGACACUUGACGACAUGCAACUUACGAAAAAUGUUAAUAUAUACAACAAUAGU